AUGGAUCUCUUACUGCGCACACUAACACGCCGCAACUCCUCGCCAAACCGCGGCGGCCGCAACCGAACACGGCGAGAGGAGCAGGGCGGAAACAAACAGGUCGAGCUGAUCCUCGAAACGCUCGCUAGAGGCCUCGUGGAGUAUGCCGUCCGCAAGUACAUGCCCGGCCACGGUAACGACAGAAACCGGGACCGAGACAGAGACAGAGAUGGUCGGCACGACGAUCGGUUGCGCACCAGAGACCACCGGGACGACGACCAGAGACACAGAGGCGGCGUCCCUAACAUGGACAACGACAUGCUGGAGCAUCUGGGCAAGACGAUCCUAGGCAAGGCCAUCGAGAAGUUUGGCGGCGGCGGAGAGGAGGAGAUGAGGGCGAGUGGUGGAGGAGGGCGUGGAAGAGAGAGGGGGAGGGGAGGCAGCCUGGAUCGGCAUGACCACUCGCGCGAGCGUUCCCGUGAGCGCUCUCGUGAUCGGAGGGGAUAUGACCGUGGCGGAGAACGUGGAAGAAGGGGACGUGAUGGGCACGGCGAGGAUUACAGAAGGGGCGGCUCGCCGGAGGCUCCGAGGUCUCACCGGGAAGACGAGCAGCGCCGCCGCCGACGCAGGCACGGCGGGACCGACUACGCGCCCCUGAAGACCGAGCUGGAGGCUCUCUCGAACGCACUCAUCUCCCUCAACGAGAGGCAGCCCGGACACCCCGACUGCGAGUUUUACGACGCGUUUGUGGACAGGUCUGGCAAGGUGCAGAGUGCCAUCGGGUCUGUCAUGGUUCAGAUUCAGGAGAGAGAGGAGAGGAGGGAGGCGCGUAGGGGUCGGAGACGGGAUUGA